AAGUUUCGUUACAUAUUUGAGAGCAAAUUCUUUUCAGAAGAGAUAUGGUUUCGUUGCAAAACGUCUCUAUCGUUUUUCUCACCAGCUCCGCAAGUCGAAGUAACUGAAGUUGACCUCUCGAGACCUAAGAAUUUCGACAUCAUCGUACGAGAAGCUGAUAAAUUAUAUGACGGGAUUUCUUCUUGCUUUCCCAGCCGCCUGAGUACUCUAACAAUAUUUAGGUGGGGCUCUAGCGAUUGUUCUGAACUACUGUGGAGACUUGCGAGGGUGUUAUGUGAGAAAGCCAAGUUAAGCAGUGAUAAAGCAGAAAGAACAUCACUAAUGUACGAAGCUUUCGCCGUUGUUAAAAAAGCCAUCGAAAAAGAGCCAAAAGGUGGCUGUUUCGGUGCUCACAAAUGGUAUGCUAUCCUUUUGGACUACGUAGGAGAGAUAGAGGGCAACAAAUCACGAAUACUAAAGUCUUACGAGGUAAAACAUCUCGAACGGGCUCUCGAAAUUUUCUGCUAUAAUUCGGAUGCAUCUCUUCAUUACCUUUUCAUUUCAUGUUUAUGGCAUUUCUCAUUCGCGGAUAUGGGGUACACAAAGCGACUGCUGGCAAAAACGAUUUUCACCACACCGCCAACGUCAACUUAUGAGAAGGCACUGAGUUAUUUCCUUAAAGCGGAAGAGAUUUCGCCAGGUUUCUACAGUACCAAUACAUAUUACAUUGGAGAAGUGUACGAGAAAAUUGGAGAUAAGGACGUAGCUAUAAAGUACUAUAAGGACGCUUUCAAAAUGCCUGUUGUAACAGCUGAUGAUCAUAGUAUUCACAAGAAAGCACUUAAGAAGUUGCGAAAAGCCGGGAUUAAGGACACCGAACUAGUUUGA